AAUUACACGUGACAUAAUCGACGCCAAGCACGACCCCACUCCGAAACUCAAUAAAACUUCUCUAUAACCAAGAUUUUUUCGGUUCUGAUUUGUCGAAAUUCAAUUUCACCUAUAGUUUAUUUUUCAAUUGUAAGAACCUAUAUUCAUUCAAUUGAUAUCAAUAUUGAACAUGACUUAUACUGUCCGUCAAGUUGGUGCUGCCAACACUUUAGAAUACAAAGGUUACAUUGAAAAAGAUGGUAAACCAGUUUCUCCAUUCCAUGAUAUUCCAUUAUACGCCAAUGAAGAAAAGACUAUUUUAAAUAUGAUUGUUGAAGUACCAAGAUGGACUAAUGCUAAAUUAGAAAUCUCUAAGGAAAUCAAAUUAAACCCAAUCAUUCAAGAUACUAAAAAGGGUAAAUUGAGAUUUGUUCGUAAUUCAUUCCCUCAUCAUGGUUAUAUUCAUAAUUAUGGUGCUUUCCCUCAAACUUGGGAAGAUCCAAAUCAAAUUCAUCCAGAAACUAAAGCCAAAGGUGACAAUGAUCCAUUAGAUGUUUGUGAAAUUGGUGAAAGAGUUGCUACUGUUGGUGAAGUCAAACAAGUUAAAGUCUUAGGUGUCAUGGCUUUAUUGGAUGAAGGUGAAACUGAUUGGAAAAUCAUUGUUAUUGAUGUUAAUGAUCCAUUUGCAUCUAAAUUAAACGAUAUCGAAGAUGUUGAAACCCAUUUACCAGGUUUAUUAAGAGCCACUAAUGAAUGGUUCAGAAUCUACAAGAUUCCAGAUGGUAAACCAGAAAACCAAUUCGCUUUCAGUGGUGAAUGUAAAAAUAAGAAAUAUGCUGAAGAAGUUAUUAAUGAAUGUUCUGAAGCUUGGAAACAAUUAAUCAGUGGUAAGUCUGUCGAUUCAAAGGGUAUUGAUUUAACUAAUACUACUUUAGUUGAUACUCCAACUUAUUCUGACGUUGCAGUUAAGGAAGUUCCAGCAGCUAACCCAUUACCAGCUGCUCCAAUUGAUAAAUCCAUUGACAAAUGGUUUUUCAUCUCUGGUGGUGCUCAUUAAAUGUAUUUAGCCUGAUUGACUUUAGUUGAAAAGUCAUCUAUUAGUUUUAUAUUGAAUAUUAAAUACCAAGUAUCCAUUGUUAAGUUCCAUUUUGAGUAGAUGGAAUCAACAAAUAACUGUUUAUAAUAGGUACUAAAUAUAUUAACUCUAUCAUUAUUUCUUACUGUAAAAAUUAAUCUGAUUCCUUUUACUAUAUUCUAAAUUGCCAUCGCCAUUACAGAAUAGUAUUUAAUUCGGUUAUAACUGUGUAUUUAAGAGCAAUAGGCGAUAAUUCGGUGUUAGGUUUAAUUAAUUAUGGAAAUU